CCAGGACAACUCCUCAUCAUCCCUGCGACCGAAAAAAAAAACAGGGAGACGGUGGGGUGGAGUACAGGAAGCUGCUGUCCCCGAAUAUCUGAACAUGGGCGAAAUCUAAUAACGGCAUAAAUCACAGCUUCUUUCUUUCUUCCUUUUUUACGAACCAGAGGCUGCGGAGAUUUGUGGUAUUUUUCCUGGAUUGAAUCGGAAGGUUUAACCGAAACCGCAAAGAUGUCUCGGGGAGUGAUCCAGCCCAGCCAGCAGAAGCUGGCAGAAAAGCUCACCAUCCUCAACGACAGAGGCAUCGGGAUGUUGACCCGUGUUUACAAUAUCAAAAAGCAAGGACAAGUUUGGAAGGCAUGUGGCGACCCCAAGGCUAAGCCCUCCUAUCUUGUUGAUAAGAACUUGGAGUCUGCAGUUAAAUUUAUUGUCAGGAAGUUUCCUGCUGUGGAGACACGGAAUAAUAACCAACAGCUGGCUCAGCUGCAGAAGGAAAAGUCCGAGAUUCUGAAGAACCUGGCGCUCUACUAUUUCACCUUCGUAGAUGUCAUGGAAUUCAAGGACCAUGUGUGUGAGCUGCUGAACACCAUCGACGCCUGCCAGGUCUUCUUUGACAUUACGGUGAACUUUGACCUGACCAAGAACUACCUGGACCUGGUGGUGACUUACACAACUCUGAUGACGAUACUGUCCCGCAUAGAGGAGAGGAAAGCCAUCAUAGGACUGUACAACUACGCCCACGAGAUGACGCACGGAGCCAGUGACCGGGAGUACCCCAGGCUGGGCCAGAUGAUCGUGGACUACGAGAACCCUCUGAAGAAGUUGAUGGAGGAGUUUGUUCCUCAUGGAAAGUCGCUGUCCGAUGCAUUGAUCAGUCUUCAUAUGGUCUACCCCCGGAGGAAUCUGUCCGCUGACCAGUGGAGGAACGCCCAGCUGCUCUCUCUCAUCUCGGCUCCCUCCACCAUGCUCAACCCCGCUCAGUCAGACACUAUGCCGUGUGAAUACCUCUCGCUGGACGCAAUGGAGAAGUGGAUUGUCUUCGGUUUCAUCCUGUGUCAUGCGGUGCUGAACACCGACGCAGCAGCGUUGUCUCUGUGGAAGCUGGCUCUGCAGAGCUCCACCUGCCUCUGCCUGUUCAGGGAUGAAGUCUUCCACAUCCACAAGGCUGCAGAGGACCUGUUUGUGAACAUCAGAGGGUACAACAAACGCAUCAAUGACAUCAGAGAGUGCAAGGAACAGGCCCUGUCUCAUGCAGGCUCCAUGCACAGAGAGAGACGCAAGUUCCUCCGAUCGGCUCUGAAGGAGCUGGCGACUGUUUUGGCCGAUCAGCCUGGACUACUAGGUCCUAAGGCGUUGUUCGUGUUCAUGGCGUUGUCGUUUGCCCGUGACGAGAUCAUCUGGCUGCUUCGACACGCGGACAACAUCCAGAAGAAAAGCACAGAUGACUUCAUAGACAAACACAUAGCAGAGUUGAUCUUCUACAUGGAGGAGCUCAGAGCUCACGUCAGGAAGUACGGUCCUGUGAUGCAGCGAUACUACGUCCAGUACCUGUCCGGGUUUGAUGCCGUGGUGCUGAAUGAACUUGUGCAGAACCUGUCUGUGUGUCCAGAGGACGAGUCUAUAAUCAUGUCUUCAUUCGUCAACACGAUGACGUCUCUCAGUGUCAAACAAGUGGAGGAUGGAGAGGUGUUUGACUUCAGAGGCAUGAGACUGGACUGGUUCAGACUGCAGGCCUACACCAGUGUGUCUAAAGCCAGUCUCGGUAUCGCCGAUCACAAGGAGCUCGGUAAAAUGAUGAACACCAUCAUCUUCCACACAAAGAUGGUGGACUCUCUGGUGGAGAUGCUGGUGGAGACGUCAGACCUGUCCAUUUUCUGCUUCUACAGCCGUGCGUUUGAGAAGAUGUUCCAGCAGUGCUUGGAGCUUCCCUCCCAGAGCCGACACUCCAUCUGCUUCCCUCUGCUCUGCACACACUUCAUGUCCUGCACACACGAGCUCUGUCCUGAGGAGCGGCACCACAUAGGGGAUCGAAGCCUCUCGUUGUGUAACAUGUUUCUGGAUGAGAUGGCCAAACAGGCCAGAAACCUGAUCACUGACAUCUGCACUGAACAAUGUACACUCAGCGACCAGCUGCUUCCUAAGCACUGUGCAAAAACCAUCAGCCAGGCUGUGAACAAGAAGAGCAAGAAGGCGACGGGGAAGAAGGGUGAGCCGGAGAGAGAGAAACCUGGAGUGGAGAGCAUGAGGAAGAACAGACUACUGGUCACCAAUUUGGAUAAACUCCACACAGCGUUAUCUGAACUCUGCUUCUCCAUCAACUAUGUUCCCAACCUGGCGGUGUGGGAGCACACGUUCACCCCGAGAGAGUACCUCACCUCGCACCUGGAGAUCCGAUUCACCAAGUCUAUAGUGGGGAUGACCAUGUACAACCAGGCUACUCAGGAGAUAGCGAAGCCCAGUGAGCUGCUGACCAGCGUCCGGGCCUACAUGACGGUGCUUCAGUCCAUAGAGAACUACGUCACCAUCGACAUCACCCGGGUCUUCAACAACGUCCUCCUGCAGCAGACGCAGCACCUGGACAGCCACGGGGAACCCACCAUCACCAGUCUGUACACAAACUGGUACUUGGAGACGUUGCUCCGUCAGGUCAGCAACGGACACAUCGCCUACUUCCCCGCCAUGAAGGCCUUCGUCAACCUGCCCACAGAGAACGAACUGACUUUCAACGCUGAAGAAUACUCCGACAUCUCUGAGAUGCGUUCGCUGUCUGAGCUGUUGGGGCCGUACGGCAUGAAGUUCCUCAGCGAGAGUCUGAUGUGGCACAUCUCCUCACAGGUCGCUGAGCUGAAGAAACUGGUGGUAGAAAACAUGGAGGUGUUGACCCAGAUGAGGACGAGCUUUGACAAACCGGAGCACAUGGCCGCCCUCUUCAAGAAACUCACCUCUGUGGACAGUGUGUUGAAGAGAAUGACCAUCAUUGGAGUCAUCUUGUCCUUCCGCUCCCUGGCUCAGGAGGCUCUGAGAGACGUGCUGUCCUGUCAUAUUCCUUUCCUGGUCAGCUCAGUGGAGGAUUUUAAAGACCACAUUCCCCGAGAGACGGACAUGAAGGUGGCCAUGAACGUCUACGAGCUGUCGUCAGCAGCAGGUCUACCCUGUGAGAUCGACCCGGCUCUGGUGGUGGCUCUGUCCUCACAGAAAAGUGAGAACAUCAGCCCAGAGGAGGAGUACAAGAUCGCCUGUCUGCUGAUGGUGUUUGUGGCCGUUUCCUUGCCAACACUGGCCAGCAACGUGAUGUCACAGUACAGCCCCGCCAUAGAAGGCCACUGUAACAACAUCCACUGCCUGGCCAAAGCCAUCAACCAGAUCGCUGCUGCUCUCUUCACCAUCCACAAGGGGAGCAUCGAGGACCGCCUGAAAGAGUUCCUGGCUCUGGCCUCGUCCAGCCUGUUGAAGAUCGGCCAGGAAACGGACAAGAUGACGACGCGUAACAGAGAAUCUGUGUACCUGCUGCUGGACAUGAUUGUGCAGGAGUCUCCCUUCCUGACCAUGGACCUGCUGGAGUCCUGCUUCCCCUACGUCCUGCUGCGAAACGCCUACCACGCCGUCUACAAACAGAGCAUCAGCGCUAACGCAUAGACGCACACGAAACACACAGCGACGGCCUCCCAUGCUGUCUACCUUCAGAACGUCGGCGCUCGUAUACAGACACAUACAAAUACACACUAACGGCAUACACUAAACACAAACUAAAUACUCUAAACUAUGCCUACAAUGCCUCAACGCACUAUUCAGACAAACAAACGCAUCAGUGUGUGACGUGUGACCAGAAUGACUCGUAACGCGCGUAGUGUUUAAACAAGUUGACUCUAAAUACAGAAGACAUACACUAAACGCCAAAACAUCAUACAGAAACACCUGACACACACACACACACACACACACACACACACACACACACACACACACACACACACACACACACACACACACACACACACACACACACUAGCUGGAUGAAGUUGGGGAUCAGUGUCUUUAUUUUAAUCAUUGUACUUUUUCAUGAUGUUGCCAGGGACCAUAACCAUAGCAACACGUAAUAUACCAGAUGUUUGGUUGGUAUAAAAGAACAAAAAUAUAAAUAUAUAGUAUAUAUAUAGUUGACACUAAAAUACUUUUUUCCUUUUUUUCGAUGAAAGAUUUGCUGACGACUUCUACGUGGUGAUGGUUUGGAUGCUUACUUUGGGAAUGCACAUGAUGUGGUUUAUUUUACUUUGUGGAGGAUUCCUGUGUUGAUGAUGAAAGAUAAUGUUGUUAUUGUAAGUUAACACUCGUAUACACACACUGACACACAUCCUGAGCCGAUAUAAAACUACACACACCAAUCGCUCAACAUCUCAUAGUGAACACACACACACACACACACACACACACUUGUAUAACAUGGUGAUGUUUUCUUUCUUUUUCUUUUUCGAACUAGUUGUAACAUGAGCUUUUUGUGGGUAAAAGAUAUAAUAUCUGUAUUCUACUUUGAUGUGAACUGAACUCGUCUGUUUUCAAUGUUUAUGUUUUUGUUAUUUUUAUGAUGACGACGAUUUGCCAAAUGUGUUGACACUAAACAGUUGUGUAUCAGGGUUUGGAAGUGGUGGAGUGUUUGGGUAUUAAUGGGUGAAAUGCCAUUUUUAAAGUGUUUGGAUGAUCGACGUUCUGGAAAACAAUCUGCUUGACUCUCUGUUAACAGAACAAGAACUUUUUACAACUUUAAAAAGUACUGAUGCUACGGUAUCCUGCAAGUUAAGGUCCAGCAGGUGCGACUCUUCCUCCAAUGGUGUAAAGUAGAAAUAAACAGUGCAAAAUAUAAUUUAUAUGAUCGCUUGCUACAGAAUUCCCUGCAACGAUUGGCUAAUCUUUACAGUUACUCGUAGUGCUGGUCACCCUACGUACUGAAGCAGCUUGAGGAAUAGUGCCUUGCUCAGCAGCAGUCGAGGGUUCACCAGCUUACACGCUGUGGUUAGAUAAAUGUCUUAACUUUAACAGUAAAUAGUACAAUUCAAUGAAUUCCUCCACAUAGAAACAAGUAAAUCCUGAAACCUGGAGCUGCAAUAAGAUGACAAACUAAAUGUGUGUGUAUAUAAAUAUACACACUCUGGUGAUGCGUUCACUGGAUUUGUAGGGUGCGGUCGAUGGGGCAUCCUCCAUUGGACUUUGCAUAAUGAGCAGUUCCAUUUUCGAGAUGGUUGUACGGGACCUUUUUAGGACGGACGGCCUCGAGACAGACGGACGACUUUCACAAAGUGCAGUCUGAUUUAAUUUAAUUUUUUUGUCAAUCAAGGCAUGACGAGGGCUACAUACUGAGACACCGUGCUCCCUUUAUGCCAGCCCUCUGCUAAUGUAUGACUAACACCAGGGACGUCUGGACGCUCGUACUGUAUGUAGUAUGCAUUAUGAGAAUAGACGGAUCCAUGGACACAUUCUGCCAUUUGAUGUGGAAUGAUUGCUGUUUUCUUUCUAACCUCCUUUUUAAUUGUGUCCCUGAAUCCACCGUGUAACUUAAAAUGACAUGAAUAAAAUAAACUUUAGGGCUGUGUCAGACCUGA